CCGGACCUGGCGCGGCCCGUGAGGGGGCCGCGACUAGAGGCCAUUGUGGCGAGGGAGGCCUUGGGAGGCGGAGGAGCGAAGCCGCUGCCGCGGGACCCACGCGCCGAGCCUCAAGAGCAGACGAUCUUGAAAACUGUGCCAGGUCCUUGGGGGAAAAAAACUACAUGACACUGCAACAUGAGUGACAGUAAAUGUGAUAGUCAGUUUUACAGUGUUCAAGUCGCAGAUUCCACAUUCACUGUACUAAAACGGUACCAACAAUUGAAGCCCAUAGGAUCUGGGGCUCAGGGCAUUGUUUGUGCUGCAUUUGAUACGGUCCUUGGGAUAAAUGUUGCGGUAAAGAAGCUGAGUCGGCCUUUUCAGAACCAAACACAUGCAAAAAGAGCUUACAGGGAGCUUGUUCUUUUAAAAUGUGUCAAUCACAAAAACAUAAUUAGUUUGUUAAAUGUAUUCACACCACAGAAGUCACUGGAAGAAUUUCAAGAUGUGUAUUUGGUUAUGGAACUGAUGGAUGCUAAUUUGUGCCAGGUUAUUCAUAUGGAGUUGGAUCAUGAAAGAAUGUCCUACCUUCUCUACCAGAUGUUGUGUGGUAUCAAACAUCUCCAUUCAGCUGGUAUCAUCCACAGAGAUUUAAAACCCAGCAAUAUAGUAGUAAAAUCAGAUUGUACACUCAAAAUCCUUGAUUUUGGACUGGCAAGAACAGCAUGUACUAAUUUUAUGAUGACUCCGUAUGUAGUAACACGGUAUUACAGAGCACCGGAAGUUAUCCUUGGCAUGGGAUACAAAGAGAAUGUGGAUAUCUGGUCUGUUGGGUGCAUAAUGGCAGAAAUGGUCCUCCAUAAGGUCCUGUUCCCAGGAAGAGAUUAUAUUGAUCAAUGGAAUAAAGUUAUUGAACAGUUAGGAACACCAUCGGCAGAUUUUAUGAAGAAACUACAGCCUACUGUGAGGAAUUAUGUAGAAAACAGACCGAAAUAUCCAGGUAUCAAAUUUGAAGAGCUCUUCCCAGAUUGGAUAUUUCCAUCGGAGUCUGACCGUGACAAAUUAAAAACAAGUCAAGCUAGAGAUUUAUUAUCAAAAAUGUUGGUAGUAGACCCAGACAAACGAAUUUCUGUAGAUGAAGCCUUACGACAUUCAUAUAUCACGGUCUGGUAUGAUCCAGCUGAAGCAGAAGCACCUCCUCCUAAAAUCUAUGAUGCCCAGCUGGAAGAAAGAGAACAUGCCAUUGAAGAAUGGAAAGAAUUAAUAUACAAAGAAGUAAUGGAUUGGGAAGAAAGAAGCAAGAAUGGUGUGGUAAAAGAUCAGCCCUCAGAUGCAGCAGUGAAUACCAACACCAGUCCUUCCCAGUCAUCAUCGAUCAAUGACAUUUCAUCCAUGUCAACUGAGCAAACAUUGGCUUCAGAUACAGACAGCAGCCUUGAUGCCUUGACAGGACCCCUUGAAGGAUGCCGAUGAUCAGCCAGGAUUGCAGACUUAAUAUUGGAAAAAAAACUCGUUUCCAUUGGCCUGAAUUGCUUGUAAGUUAAUGGAACCAAGUACAGAAACUCCAUGUUCUGCAUGUUCUACUAAAGUAAUGCCUGUGUUUUUACUCAGUUGUAAUAAGACUCCCUGCUUAAUGUUACAGAAUGAUAGCAAAUCAAUGUCUAAAGAAGAAAAAAUUACAGUUUAGGUAUUACUAUAGACAUUUUUUGUUUCAGCCUAUUUCAGGUGAGCAGUUACAGUAGAUGUGUACCAGAUAAACUCUUUCAGGAGGAGUUAUGGACCUUCUAUCUCAUUCAGUAGACUUCUGUAACACACACAUGGUCAUUACAUUUUUGCAUAGAAUUACCCUAUAGUGGGUUUUUUUGAAUGUAUAGCAUCCGUAUAAUUUGCUUAAAUAUGACUACAGAAGUUUGCGCUAUUUAACUCCAGUAUGUUGUACGUGAGUGUUACCUUACAUAUUGGAAAUUAUCAGUACUGUAUUCAAGGGGCAAUUGUUCUUCCACAUAGCACUUUUUUUUCCCCAUUGAGCCCUUUCUCUCCUCACCUCCCAGUAAUUUUGUAUAUCUUCUUGUAGAAGAAACAAACCUGUGAACUUCAUAUAGCAUAGCCAUCAUUUCAUAUUUUACCUAUGAAUGCGACUAUGCUUCUCUGAAUGUCUUCUUUCAGUUGUUAUAGUGUGAGGUAGAAUGGGUUAGCUUGGUGAAGCAACAUGUCUCUUUAAACAAGAUGAAGUGCUAAAUACAUUGUUUUGGUCCUUUUUCUAUCAAUAAAAACUUUUAGAAACUACCUUUUCCCUACUUUUUCUUUCAAGAACAAAAAUUAGUCCUGUGGAGCUUCUCCCUUAGUCACUUCUUGUGUCUCAAUGCAAAAAUCUGAUAAAGUGCAGAGGCAAUGGGGAGACUUGAAACCUAAGUGUCCGCUGGAAUAGUUGCACAAUUUUUCUUCUAGUCUUGUUUAUGGAACCAUUCUACAAUGUGAACACUUCUAAAUUUUGAUAGGUCUCUUGACUGAUUUGACAAAUUAUUUUCUUAAGUAUUUCUUAUAUCUGUAGAGCUCAGAUCUACUUCCAGGUUAGACAAAAUUCCUUCUUUAUUAAAAAAAAGCAGUCUGUCUACAUUUUUUAACAAGGUACCACAGCAGAGGGAAGCUGUUUGCAGUGAAGCUCCUCUUCAGUUUUAAUAGAAGCUUAUCAAUGCAGUUUUCAGAUUUAAAUAAUACAGACAUUGCCUCUUACAUCGCACAGUAUUUUGAAUUAUUAGAAAAUGUGUGUGCAGUAGAAUAGUGCUUAAGUUAUCAAAUAUUAUGCAGUUGUGCAUUUGCAAACAAAAAAGCAUGUUUGCUUUGGAACGCACAAGUGUAAGAAAUACUUUGCUAAAAGAUCUUCUUGUGUGCGCGCGUGUAUGGUUAAACUAUAUAACUAAAAUAGUAAUGAAAAAAUGUCAAAGAUGAGGCAAAACAUUUUGCAUUCAUAGUGGCACUAUAUUUAGCUGUUGACUUAGCUACUGAAGUCCUGAACAUUUAAAGAGAACUUGUACAAUUUUCUCACUGAACCAGCAAUUAUAUUACUGACCUGAAUUGUUCAGUAAGCUGUUUGGGAAAGGAAAAGUAAUUGCCCAUGAUUUUGCAUGCUCUUGAUUAUGAUCUGAAAGGUAGAAGUUUUUCUUUUAAUGCAGUGUGUACUCAUAAAUGUUUUAAAAUAGGUUAAUUUGCUGUAGCUUUGAAUUUAUCAGAACAGAAAAAAUUGACAAGAAAAUUGGACAGAAGUAUCUUAGUGAUAUAAGCUGUAGGAAAUAAAUCUUUAGAGUUCACAUCUA